AUGGAAGAGAAGAAGGCAGAAUCAACGAACAAAAACGUAAAGAAAGCAAAUCUGUUGGAUCACAAUUCAAUCAAGCACAUCCUCGACGAGUCCGUCUCUGACAUCGUCAAGAGCCGUGGAUACAAGGAAGACGUGAGGCUUAGCAACCUGAAACUGAUCUUAGGGACGGUUAUCAUCGUGGUUGCUCUCGUUGCACAGUUCUACAACAAGAAGUUUCCGGAGAACCGAGACUUUUUGAUUGGAUGCAUCGCAUCAUAUCCUUUCUUAUAUGUAGUGUUGAAUGGGGUGUUGCAGCUGAUUCUGUACACUAAGGAGAAGAAUGCCAUUUUGUUCACCUAUCCUCCUGAGGGAUCAUUCACCAGCACUGGCUUGGUUGUAUCUUCAAAGCUGCCGAGAUUCUCUGAUGAGUACACUCUCACCAUCGACAGUGCUGAUCCAAAAUCAAUCUCAGCUGGGAAGUCAGUCCAACUCACCAAAAGUGUCACUCAGUGGUUCACGAAAGAGGGAGUUCUUGUUGAGGGUUUAUUCUGGAAAGACGUGGAAGCAUUAAUCAAGGACUAUGCAAAAGAAGACGAACCAAAGAAGAAGAAAUGA